CUGAAUAUUGUGCUGCCCGGACAAGGAGGUGACAGCCAGUCAGGCUGAGACAAAGCAACUGCCAGACCUCUGACAACAGGAGAGAUGAUGUUUCUCUGGUGGUUGUUGCUUCUUGGUACAGCCAUAUCUCACAAGGUGCACUCACAAGAGCAGCCUUUACUGGAGGAGGACACAGCACCAGCAGAUAAUCUGGAUGUUCUUGAGAAAGCCAAAGGUAUCCUGAUCCGCAGUAUCCUGGAGGGAUUUCAAGAAGGGCAACAAAUCAAUAGAGAUCUGCCAGAUGCAAUGGAAAUGAUAUACAAGCGCCAGCACCCAGGUAAACGAUUCCAGGAGGAGAUAGAAAAGAGACAGCACCCUGGAAAGAGGGACCUGGAAGAUCUACAGCUUUCCAAAAGGCAACACCCAGGAAGAAGAUAUCUGGAGGAUAUGGAGAAGAGGCAACAUCCAGGAAAGAGAGAAGAGGGAGACUGGAGUAGGGGGUAUCUUACAGAUGACUCAGGUUAUUUGGACCUUUUUUCUGAUGUUUCCAAGAGACAGCACCCUGGAAAAAGAGUUCCAGACCCACUCUUUAUAAAACGGCAACACCCAGGUAAGAGAGGGAUAGAAGAGGAGGAUGACACUGAAUUUGAAAACUCAAAGGAAGUGGGGAAACGCCAGCAUCCAGGAAAGAGAUAUGACCCUUGUGAAGGCCCUAAUGCUUACAACUGUAACUCAGGAAACUUACAGCUGGAUUCUGUAGAAGAAGGCUGGGCAGUUUAAAACUCAAUGCUGCCCGGCCCAUUUUUAGCAGUUGCAUUUUGGCUCAAUAUGAUUACCAAUAAAGACAACUUUCUAUAAUUGUUAAUAACAUAGUAUUAUCUACCAUAAAUGACAAGGGUAAGAUCAUUUCACUAGCCGAAAUCUCUUUCUGGAAAGCAAGCAGCUCUCAUAACACUUCUUAGCUUUACAAUGAACCGGGGGUCAUCAGAGUAUUAGGCUUCAGAAAGUACAUUGUCCACCACAGGGAGGGUAUUGGCUGAGUAUUCCUUUCC